GGAAAAAAUAGAAAAAGAUUGAGACCUCCACUUCAGCCAUUCUCUACUUAAGCAUUUGCGAUUGCCUGAUCCGAUUUCUCUCUCAUACCGUUUUCGCUUCAGAUUUCAUAUCAUCGUCUUCUUCGAUGGCAAGAUCCAUAGCUCAAACCCUAACCCUAGCUUAUCUCGGCCGAACUGUAUCCGCCAAAUCUCUCUCACCUUCGUCUCGACUCUUUCCUCAUCGGACCCAAUCCAAUCAGUCCUCUUCCGAUGUCGGUGACCUCGAUUCCUCUUCCAACGUCGACCCUCUGAUUCGCAAGCUUGAGGAUGCCAUCCACUGUAUCAUUGUUCGCCGAUCUGCUCCUGAUUGGCUCCCCUUUCUACCUGGUUCCUCAUAUUGGGUUCCACCGCCUCGCGCCGCAUCUAACGGUCUUGCCCAAUUGCUCGACAAGUUAGCAAAUCCCAUCACUGAGGAGGAGUCUAUGUCCAUCACCACUGUUCGUGGUUGGCCUUCGUCCUCCUAUUUCAUCCAAGGUGGUGCUCCACAUCCAGUGGAGAUGGAAACAGCGUCCAGUUUUGAUUCUCAGUCUGAGGACGAAGAGGGGUGAACACCGGCUUUUAUCAACUGGCAUCUGGGGUAAUGCUCAUCCAGACUUGUAAAUUUAUGUAGUGUAAUGACGGCGAUGCAUCUCUUGGCUGGAGGGGCUGUACAGAUGCAACAUCUUCAUUGGCAAGCAGAAAUAAUAGUUUCUUAGUUCUUAUUUACUGAGGAAACUUGCCAUGCAAUCCCCCUUAUAUAUAAUUGUAGAGAUAAUUACCUUGGAAAUUGGAGUGCAUUGUAAAUUAUUAUCAUCCUAAGUUCAAUAUUAUUGUUUCUUCUGAUUCU